AUGGGCUUGGGUAUCUUCAACCGAAAUCGCAAGUCGUUAAUCGUCCCACCGGUACCUUCCGCUCAACCGCUUGAGCUGCGAGUGCUCGUUGACGCCGGCCCCGCAGCCCGGGAUGCCUUCACGAUCUCUGUUCCCGCGGAAGGCACUGUGGACUCCAUCCGGGAAGCGGCCGCAGCGCACAUCGGUCGGACCGGCAUCGCACUGUUCAAAAGGCCAGGCCCAGGUGCCGCGAUCGUCGCUGUCGGACAGCACUCGUGGAUAGCUGGUUCACUGUCCGAGCCUCGAGGUAUCCCUUUUGUCCGAGGAACGGGCACCGUGGUCUUGACCGUGCAGGCCGUGCUGAGGUCUCUCAAUCUCACCGUGUCCAUUCCCUGGCAGGCGCAAUAUCAGGCCUCAGCGUAUGCCGAGUCUUACGGGGUUGUGCCCUCUCUUUUGACCCAGUUCCCGGCAUACAAUCUCGACGAUGCGACGCAGAUGCACGCCUCGGGUGGGCUGCCUCUGCCUGCGUAUCGCAACGGCUCUGGCUCGCUGCGUCUGAAGCGGAGCUCAUACUACAAGGGUCCCGCGCCGACGGUUGCGCAGUGGUUCCCGCACAUCGAGGAAGGGACGAUCAACAUUCUUGCUCGGAGCAGAGAAACACUCUCCGCCAUCGACUGGGUGCAGCCACGUGUGCCCCUCACGCUUUGCGCGCGCUUCAGCGGCAAGGGUGAGCGUGCGCAGCUCGUCAUCGUCGACGUUGACCAGGACGCUUCGAUCCGUGACCUCAAGAUCGCUCUUCUCCGUGCCGCGGGACGUCCAACACAUGCCCACCUAAUGGAGGGCCUGACUCUCUGGCGGGUGGACAUGACGGAGGCUGAGCUGUCGGCUAUCGACGCCCGAGGCGGCCUCACAGGUGGACAGCGACCGCGUCCCUGUGCUUCCUUCUCCACGCCCCUUCUGAUGGCCGACUGCGUCGGCGCGCGCGUCGGCGAGUUCUUCAGCCCCGGAGUCAAUGUGUCUCGCGCGAACCCAGCACAAGUCUCUAUCUCAGUCUAUGUCCAUCAAGGCGCUGAGUACGAGCUCGCUCCCGUUGUGCCAGCACCCAAAUUUACCUACCCCAUGCCGACGGCGCUUCAGGCUCCCAAGCGCUCUCUUGGGCCCCUCGCCGCAUCCCAACCGGCCUGCAUCGAGACCGAGGCCGGCGAGCCCGUCGCGGUCCAAGUAUGCCUCGACUCGCCCUCACCUACUCCCAGCACCUCCUCAGAGGGGAGCGGCGACACAGUCCUCCCUCACGCCCCCCUGCGCUGCUGUGCGGGCAUGGGCACGAUCGGGCUCGGUAUCUUCAUGUCUCCGGUCCCCAGCUGCGAGAGCGACCACACGUCCUGCUCCGAGGACGAGGAGUGCGCCUCGUGGCCCCCGACGCCCGUGGUCUCCGAGGAGUCGUACGGGUGGAGCAAGACGGACUCUUGGAAGCACGACUUUGCAUUCACGAGCAGCGCGUUCCCCUCCUCCCAACCGGCAAGCUACGCCUCGUUCUCAAAGUUCAAUAGCAGGCGGCCACAGCUCCAGAACCUCUUCGUCCCGCCCACGCCGCAGCUCUGA